AUGAGUCUAGCAACCAGUAACAUUUUCAGCGCCCUUGACACAAGUAAGAAAGUCAAGAAGUCCAGCGGCAAGAGCAAGUCCAAGGACGGCGACAAGAAGAAGAAGUCCAGCGAGGUCAAGAAGGUGGUAGAUACUGCUGAACUUGAGAAGCAGCUGUUCUCACAGCCUGUGGGCCUCGCAAGCUGGGCGGACGAUGAGGAAGAUGACUUCUCGCCACCGGUAGACCCCGGAUGGACGCAAGAUGAGGAGAUAGACCUCGAGGCAGAGCUUGGGGUCGAGCUCGGGACAGGCGACGAUGGCGACCACGAAGAGGAGGAGGUCAAGGAGCCUUCGGUGGGUAUCAACCGCGCUGUUCCGGUGCCAGCUCCCAAGCCAGCUCAAGAGACGGAGAAGCAACUCUCUAAGAAGGAGAUGAAGAAAAAGGAGCUGCAGGACCUGGACGCUGUGUUCGCGGAGCUCGGCAUUAACAUUGGGAAGGAGAACCAGGAGGCGCCGGCAAACGGCGAGGCUAAACGCAAGCGCAAAGAUAAGAAGAAGCCAACUGGGGAUCCGGAGAUUGAGGGCGCACAGCGGAACGCCAAGGAGGCAACAGAGGAGGCCAGUGAGGAGCCCAGCGAAGAGCCGACGGAGGAGUCUUCCGGCCCCAUCGACCCCGCUGCGGUGAAGGCAAAGCUGGCGGCAAAAAAGAAGGCAGGGGAGCAGGCGAAGAAAAAGGCCGCCUUGUCUGCGGCUGCACUCGCGGAGGCAAAGCUGCGGCAGGCGAAGGCGAAGAAGCAGAAGGACCCUAAGGCAUAUAAUCAGCACAGCAUGCCUGGCCUGGUGCAGCAUGCUGCUCCAAAGCUGCCGUGA